UCUCCCUCGCUGAUCGCUGGUAUAUAAAGUAAGGCUUCGUUGAUACAACAUUCCUUUCAUUUCUCUCUCUCCUCUCUCUGCAAACGCAUAACAUUUGUGGCAACACAGAUUCAGAUCUAUCUCAGAGAGAGGGAGAAGAAGAAGAGAGAGAGAAACACGAAUCAAUGGCGGUUGUGUCACCAUUAGCCAAAUACAAGCUCGUCUUCUUAGGCGAUCAAUCCGUCGGUAAAACCAGCAUCAUCACUCGCUUCAUGUACGAUAAAUUCGAUACCACUUACCAGGCAACCAUUGGGAUUGACUUCUUGUCGAAAACUAUGUAUCUUGAAGACCGAACAGUACGCUUGCAACUCUGGGAUACUGCAGGACAGGAAAGAUUUCGAAGUCUCAUUCCUAGCUACAUCAGAGACUCUUCAGUUGCUGUAAUCGUUUAUGACGUGUCUAAUCGGCAAUCAUUUCUAAGCACUUCAAAGUGGAUCGAGGAAGUACGGACAGAACGUGGUGGUGAUGUGAUUAUUGUCCUUGUUGGAAAUAAAACUGAUUUAGUUGAUAAAAGGCAAGUCUCUAUAGAGGAAGGAGAUAGCAAGGCUCGUGAUGCUGGGGUAAUAUUCCUGGAGACCAGUGCCAAAGCAGGAUUCAAUAUAAAGCCUUUAUUUCGCAAGAUCGCCUCAUCCUUACCAGGGAUGGAAACUCUCUCAUCCGCCAGGCAAGAGGACAUGGUUGAUGUGAAUUUGAAACCUCACAAUAAUUCAUCCCAGUCAGAACAACAGGGAGGUGGUUGUGCGUGUUAAUUUGUAAUGAAUCGAGAUUGCCUGAAGUACAAGAAGCUGUUAAUAAAAAGGGAAAAGAGGAGGUGAACAUAAAUGGCCAAACUCGACAAUUAAGGGUCUAAGUUUGUUGCACAGACCCCAUUCCUGUCCUACGUAUAUCUAUCAACUUGUUGCUGUUCUUCGAAGGUACAUUUUGUAAAAGGUUUGGCUUUCACUUUUCGAGGUUUACAAUUAACCAUUUCGAUCACCUUUUGUAGUGAUUAGAGUUCCAUUUCUUUCAUGUGUUUCUCUCCUUGCCUUUUCAUUACACAGGUUCAUGUCCUACCUACUGUAAUAGUAUGUAUUUUGCUGUUUUUUUUUUUUGCAAUUUCUGAGUUAAGUCACUCCCGGCGAAACAAAAAUCGUACGAGAAAUGUUUUGUUGAAAGAAACUGCAUUUGAACAA